CCCAGGCAGCCCAGCGACUUCCUCUAUGCUCAGCCCUGGCGACAAAGAGACUGAAGGGAAGGAGAAGGCUGGGGCUUCUGUGGGCCACUUCAGAGUCUGUCACCAAGAAAGUUGCAGGAAUGAACACAUGAAUGAAGACACAAACACUGAGAGUCUUCUAAGAAGCAUGGGGGGAAGGAAGAUGGCAAGAGAUGAGGAGAGUGCCUAUGGCUCAGAGGAGAACUUGCGGUCCCUGCAGGAGCCCCCACUGAGGCUCAUCCUGGUGGGCAGGACCGGGACUGGCAAGAGUGCCACUGGCAACACCAUCCUGGGCCAGAACUGCUUCCUGUCCAGGCUGGGUGCGGUGCCUGUCACCAGAGCCUGCGCCUCGGCCAGCAGGAGAUGGGCUGGCUGGCGCGUCGAGGUGGUGGACACUCCGGACAUCUUCAGCUUCCAGACCCUGCGAACUGACCCCACAUGCAUGGAGACUGCCCGCUGCCUCUUGCUGUCUGCGCCCGGGCCUCACGCCCUGCUGCUGGUCACCCAGCUGGGUCGCUUCACCUCACAGGACUGCCAGGCGCUGGCUGUGGUGAAGAGGGUGUUUGGAGAGCAGGUGAUGGCGCAGACCAUCGUGGUGUUCACUCGCAAGGAGGACCUGGCAGGAGACUCCUUGCAGGAUUACGUGUGCUGCACAGACAACCACGCGCUGCAGGAGUUGGUGGCCGAGUGCGGGGGCCGCGUGUGCGCCCUCAACAACCGCGCCACAGGCCAGGAACGCGAGGCACAGGCUGAGGAGUUGCUGGGCCUGGUAGCACACCUGGUGAGGGAGCGCGGGGGCACGCACUACUCUAAUGACUUGUAUGAGCUGGUGUGGGCCCUGCGGGGUAGUGACCCACAAGGCCAACUCGCCCAGGUAGCAGAGAAGGUGGCAGCAUGCCAAGCGAAGCCCCUGAGCACCUGGAGGCUAGCUGGGCUGUGGGGAUGGCUGAAGUCCUACAGGAAGGGCUGGAGAACUGGUGUGACUCUCUUCCUGGGUGUGGCCCUCAUGCUCUACCUGCUGUUCUACAGAAAGGUCCAGGUCAUUGGGGACCAGAAUAACAGAUGGUGUGUGCUGCCUCACUGUGGAUUUUCUUUUUCUCCUGCCUCUGGACUCUGGAUUCACGGCACUGCAAGUAGCUGUUCUGUGAGAACAUCGCUCAGCUGGCACAGGUCCUCCACCUGGCUGCAAGGCACCCAUGCUGGUGACUGGAGGCUGAGCACCCUCUGGCUUGGGGAAGAAGGAAUCCUCAACAGUGCAGACUGCCACGUGGAGGCCUGGAGGACCACCAGGGAGCUGCUCUGCUCCUCUCUGGCAGGCACUCAGAAGAGAAUGGAGGGCUUUCAGAAGGGCACAUAUGGAACUAUAGUUGAAGGUGGAGGGAAAGCCUACUGUGCUGCAGAGUCCUGCCUGAGGAUCAUCCUAGUGGGCAAAUCUGGUUGCGGGAAAAGCGCCACAGGGAAUAGCAUCCUCUGUAGACCAGCAUUCGAGUCCAGGCUUGGAGCCCAGUCAGUGACCAGAACCAGCCAGGCACAGAUGGGCACAUGGAAGGGAAGGCACUUCUUAGUGGUGGACACGCCCUCCAUCUUUGAGUCAAAGGCCCAGAACCAAGAUAUGGACAAGGACAUUGGAGACUGCUACCUGCUGUGUGCCCCAGGACCCCAUGUGCUGCUGCUGGUGACCCAACUGGGACGCUUCACAGCCCAGGACACCAUGGCCGUGAGGAGGGUGAAGGAGGUCUUUGGGGCAGGGGUCAUGAGGCACAUGGUUGUCCUCUUUACCCAUAAGGAAGACCUGGUAGAUGAGACCUUGGAUGAGUUUGUGACCCACACUGACAACCCCAGCCUGCGCAGCCUGGUCCAGGAGUGUGGGAGGAAGUACUGUGCCUUCAACAACAGGGCCUCUGGGGCUGAGCAGCAAGAGCAGCUGGCAGAGCUCAUGGCCCUGGUGCAGAGGGUGGAACAGGAAUGUGAGGGUGCCUUCCACAGCAAUGACCUCUUCCUUUAUGCCCAGGUCUUCCUCAGUGAUGGCUACAGUGAGCAGCAGGACCCGUAUAGGUGCUACCUGGCCAAGGUGAGGCAAGAGGUGGAAAAGCAGAAGCGGGUUCUGAAGGAGCAGGAGGGCAGCUGGAUAGCUAAAAUGCUUUACAAAGUCAAGGCCUGCCUGUGCUCCCACCUUGCAGUAUCUGCCUUCAUUAUUAUGUUUGGUUUGACUUUCAUCUUCAUUCUAAUUGCCGUGUAUAUUACCCAUUGGAACUGAGUCUUUUCAGGUGCUUUUGGCCAUCACCCCACUACCCCAAGGUCUGUAUCAGAGCACCUCAGCAGGGUGUUAUGCACUCUGCUUUCAGAUGACUAUUUCAGUGCCCUGAGAUCUGGUUACCACCCUGCCAUGGACACUGUUAUGAAUGUUGAACCAUCUGCUGUACCCAUGUGUGGUAAAGAAUGUUCCAGAGUUACCCCUGAUUGGAGAAAAAAGUUGCCUACACCUGGACAGGGCAGAAGUGAUGGUUUGAGCUAAGGUUCUCAGGCUUUGGAGAUAGAAGGAUCAGUGGGGAGAGGAAGUAGAAUAGAAAAGAGGAAGCAGAGCCACCAUGGGGAAUCAUGGACAGAAGCACAAGGACGGAGGAAAGUUGCCCAGAUGGGGAGCACAAGCAAGUGUUUAUGAAACUGUGGAAGUAUCCCAGGUAGAAAUUAUUAGAGCAAUUUGUACAGAGGCUGGGAGGGUAAGGAGAGUUUAGGGAUUAAUAAUCUCCCAGGCUCAGGUAAAAUAAAUCUAUCUAAAAUCUAUCAGGUGGGGCUGGGAAGAUGGCUCAGUGGUUAAGAACAUUGGCUGCUUUUCUAGAGGACCUGGGUUCAAUCUCCAGCACCCACACAGCAGUUCACAACUGCCUGUAAUGCCAGCUUCAGGGCUUCUGACACCCUCACACCACAGGGCACCAACAAACACAAAAUAAAGAUAAUAUAUAUAUUAAAGUCUA